AUGUGGGGAGGCGAGGGUCUCCUGCGUCUCUCCGCAGCGGCAGGAAAGAGGCCGCCUCCCGCCCUGCCCAGCAGGACUCCGUCAGCGGCACCAGGGGGUGAGGCAGAGCGGAAGGAGGUCAAGCAUGGGUCCUUGUCACCUCGAGGAGGACAGCGCGGGGCGGCCAGAGGGGAGCCCUGGCAGGGUGAGCGCCAGACGCCAGGAGACUCCUUGCUGGCAGUGGGCCAGGAGAGCGGGGCCCAGCCCUGGAGGGGGAUGGCUGGGGACACUGCGGACCGUCCCGGCCAGGCGCCCUCCCCGCCUCCAAAUGGGGAGCCGCCCAGCAAGGAAGUGCACGGAGUUCCAGAGAACCCCACCGGGACCACGGCCACCUGCCGCAAACGCUCCCCGGGACGGCAUUCACACGACCUCGCGCGGCACCUGCGGCCCCCGACUCCAGGGCUGGCUCACGGCCGGGACCCUGGGGCUGUUGUAACGGACAGACAUGAGAAGAGCUCCGUGACCCGAGAGCCCGGGGUGCGAGUUCGAGUCCGGCCCUCGGAUGGGAGCAAGGCGCUCGCUGUGGAAAUCCGGCCAGCGGCUGCCACCGGGAGCGUCCGCACCGCGCAGCAGCACGGGAGGCGGCCCGGAGAGGCGGGGACGCGGGUGCCCCAGGGCCGGCCCAGGCAGGGCCCGAAGCGCGUGCGUCCGAGCGAAGGGGGCAAGUCCCACAGGAAGGGCCCAGCGGCCGUGCGAGUCCAUCUGAAGAGGGGACCGCCGCGGUCAGGCAGGAGCACGCCCGGCCCGGGCCUGGGCUGGGAGGGGCAGGGAGUGAGGCCUGAGGAGCGCUGCAGGGCCACCGGCAGCCCAGCCGACGACCGAGAAGAGACACCCUUCACCUGCCGAGCAGAGGGUCCCUCCCAACCGGCCUAA